GACUGUGAUUUGCUUUCACUCGUCGAUGGCACGCAACCAAGCGGCAUUGUUUGUACUGUAAAUUCACCCAUCCACACACCUGAGCGAACCUCGGUAUUCCGUACUUCGUGAGCUUAUCGGGGGUUUGAGAACUUCGUUAGUAUCCACAUGUUUUUUUCACUGGUUGACCCACUCUUUCACCCUUUCAAUGUCACAAAUGAUUCUGUCGGUUCUGUGAAUGUUCGAUGCUUCCUGUGUAAUGUAUUUGGACAACGCCUCUUCAGGUUGCCUGUGGGCAUGCAGGCUCCAUUGAAGUCAAGAUUCAGCCUUCUUUUUGAUUCAGCUUACUGUCACCGUGUGCUCGCUACAAGGUCCUCUCUUGGUCCUUAUUUUAUCCCGAACACACGGAGCCUGCUUUGGGCGAAGUUGCACCUUCACUUUCUGGCACGAGCAUUUUCAUCCCGGCAUCACUCGUACCAGCAUUAUUUGACGGAAGUAUCUGCUCUUUAUUUUGAGCAGUUGCCUGCUUUUGCUUUUAUUCUUAUUCGCCGCGGCUGGAUCAGCUGCGACUUCAUUGGAGGUGGUCGUCCGGGGGCAAGAGUUGAGGUUCAAAGAGGUUCGACAGGCUGCUGGUGGUCAAAAAUGGCAGGCACGCUCUUCCUUAAAGCCAUCUCGGCCACCGGCCUCAAAAUCGCUGCGUUUCUGCAGUCGCUCUUUCUGUUUCCUGUCAACACCCUUCUGCAAGUUGUGGACCUUGUACCCUUCGCUCGACGAACGAGUCAGCCAAUCCUUCCCUGCUCGACUGCUGGCUCCGGCUCGAGCACGCCGCCUUCUUCCCGACAACCCCACGACGACGUUGACGCCGGCGGCCGCCACGCUGCCAGCGAUAUGAUGGCGGCCUCAUCUUCGUCAGCGGCAUCGGACCCAGCCAACCCCAAGACGCCCGUCCCCGGAAUGGCUUCGAUCUCGCCGCCCAACCCUCCUGCCGGGAAGUUGGACUGCUCGCCGACCAAGGCGGAUUCGCCCGCCGCCGACGCCCAGCUGAGCGGCGUGCUGUCGCGCCUGGAGCUCAAUGACAACCGGUCGGCGGCGCCGACGACCCCGCUUCAUGACGGUGUGAACGGCACUGGCGCCGGAGCCGCGCAGAACGGCACGUUCCCCUGCUAUCCGGGCCCCAAUGGCACCGACAGCGCCACUGCGCGGGGCGUGACGCCGGCGCUCCCAGGCUCGCUGGAAUGCUCGGCAGCCCAGACCAGUAAGUCUGAGGAGACGGCAGCGAUGCCCGUGACGACGACGAUUCAGCUCGGUAGCGACACGAUCCAGAUCCAGGCCAAGCACGAGACGCCCGAGCAGGCAGCCGAGAGGGCCAAACAUAGCCGGUUUAUGAGGGAGGCUCUGGAUAUGGCCAGACUUGCUCUCCGAACCAAUGAGACCCCGGUCGGUUGCGUUCUUGUCUACAAGGAGCGGGUCAUCGCGAAAGGCAUGAACGCUACCAACGUCACCCGUAACGGCACAAGGCAUGCCGAGCUCAUGGCUAUAUCCGCCCUGCUGUCCUACUCGUCUUCCGCCGACCUCGAGCCCGCAACGAAUGGCUCUCGUGAGGGGCUAGACACUACCAGGGCGCCUCUUACUGACAAGACCAAUGAGAUGCAGCCCGCCGAAACCAGUACCUGGGGAGACGUCGAUCCACGCGACGGCCACCUCUAUCCUUACGGCCAAAAGCUUCACCCGUCGCCUCGCGUGGACAUAUCGAUCAUCCGAGAGUGUACCCUCUAUGUCACAGUUGAGCCGUGUGUCAUGUGCGCCUCUCUCCUCCGGCAGCUCGGGAUUAAGAAGGUGUAUUUCGGCGCCGUCAACGACAAGUUUGGCGGCACCGGCGGUGUCUUCCGGAUCCACAAGAACUCGCCGCGUUCCAUGGCUUCCGCCCCGCCGACGCCUACACCCCAGAAGGGCAAGGGCCUCGCGAGGCCUGUUCUCGAGCGCCUCCCGGCGUCGACAGACGGCGUUUCGGAUCAGAGGAAUGCGAUGGAAGAUAACAAGGACGAGAACGGCAUCAUUAUUUCUCACAUGGAGUCCGCCAAUCUUCCAGGGGAUGGCGGUAAUAUUGAGCGUGGAUUCGAGGCCGAAGGGGGCUGGGGGCGAGAUGAGGCCGUGACCUUGUUGAGGCAGUUUUAUGUCCAGGAGAACAAUAGGGCUCCCGUCCCGAGGAAGAAGGAAGGCCGAGCCGCCCGCCUGGCGGCAAUGAUGGAGCGCGAUGGUCACGCGGGUGGCCCUAUGAUUGUCGCCAACGCUGUGCCGACGGCUCAGGGCGACUCCGGCUCAAGCACGACCGACGAUCAAGAAUCAAAUAUUGAAGCGACGGCUGAGGACCCUACUGCGGCUGCGGGGGCCCCCGCGGCCUAGCUUGCCCUACGUCGCCACUGCAGCAGGAAGCAGGAGGCGGGAACGCCGGUAGGCUACCAAUGCGGUCAGGGGUUCCCUUGGAUCGGAUUCCAGGCGUUCCCCUCGCCGCCUUUCGCCAUAUUUUGAAACAUGACCAGGCGAAAAUGGGUGGCCGGUUGCCGGUGGGCUGGGCUGCCGCAUGGUUCAAGUCCAUUGGUAGACGCUCGAACCGCGCCCGUUCUCCGUCAGACUGUUGACAGCGGAGAAGAACAGUGGCUCUCGCAUCGACACGAGUUUGGGAAUGUCGUCUUAUCGCAUGACCCUCCUGCUUGUACGCAUAUUUACUGUUCGGCAA